AUGGAUCUGACAGGCCUUGAAUAUCUUGGAAGGCAGAAAGUAAUGAGAGUUUAUUCAUCUCCCUUCGUCUGCGAUGUGAGGAUGCAGACAAGCGCUUUUCAGUUUUGCUUGGUGAUCUCUAAUUUUGGUGGCUGUAACUACUAUAUUGAUCAGACAAGUGCUGCAGCCACUGCAGCUACGUUGGCUCUCCCUGCUGGUGUUACUCCUGUUCAGCAGAUACUUACAAAUUCAGGCCAGAUCCUUCAAGUAGUUAGAACUGCAAAUGGAGCUCAGUAUAUCAUUCAGCCGCAGCAGCCAGUUGUUCUACAGCAGCAGGUCAUACCGCAAAUGCAGCCUGGUGGAGUACAAGCACCUGUUAUACAGCAGGUUUUGGCUCCUAUCCCUGGAGGAAUUUCCCCGCAGGCAGGAGUGAUUAUUCAGCCUCAGCAGAUCCUGUUUACAGGAAAUAAAACACAAGUCAUACCUACAACAGUGGCUGCCCCUACACCAGCUCAAGCACAGAUUCCAGCUGGUCAGCAGCAACCACAACAACAGCAGGCACAGCCACAAGCACCACUUGUUCUCCAAGUUGAUGGAGCAGGGGACACAUCCUCUGAAGAAGAAGAAGAUGAGGAAGAAGACUAUGAUGAUGAUGAAGAGGAAGACAAAGAAAAAGAUGGGGGUGAAGAUGGCCAAGUUGAAGAGGAGCCUCUUAACAGCGAAGAUGAUGUGAGUGAUGAGGAAGGACAAGAACUUUUUGAUACGGAAAAUGUUGUUGUGUGCCAGUAUGAUAAGAUCCAUAGAAGUAAAAACAAAUGGAAAUUUCAUCUCAAAGAUGGCAUCAUGAAUCUUAAUGGAAGAGAUUAUGUAUUUUCCAAAGCCAUUGGGGAUGCAGAAUGGUGAAGUUUUAAAAGACAAAACAAAACAAAAAAACUCUCUGUAAAAGGAAAAAAAAAAAUCAAAAGCAGGAAAGGUUGAGACUGGGACGUAUACUCCAACCAAAAUGUGUAUCUGCACAUCAGAGAUAAACAAUAAACGGAAGUAUUGGAACAAAGAUAAAAUGUGGCAACAAAGACACUACUUCAGAUGAGCAAGCCAUGGACUGUAGCAGCUAUAGCAUUGUCUGGGAGCUGGUUUUGUGUGUUAGGAAUACCUUAAUUAUCAAUUCUACAUACAGGUACCUACAGCUGGUAUUUAGCAUGUAAGGCUUUGUUCCCCCCGUUCUUCCCUUGAUUUAAGAUUUUAAAAUACUUCUUCCACUGAUUGAAGGAACUCUUCCCUUUGAUAGAUUAUUAAUCUGAAAAUGCUUAUUGUGUGUACAAAUCUUUGCUUUGAACACUUCCUUUUGGUAGUGAGGAUGGUCAGAAUGUUACUCAAACUGCGUGCAAGCUUUGUACAGAAGGGUAAGAAUUAAGGUGUUAAAUUUUAAAUAACUUGUAUAAGGAAAAUAUUUUUAAUUCUGAUAUGCUCAUUAAUUAUUAUAUCUAUUUGUUAUUUUCAAUUCAGUUCCUCAUAAAGAGGUGGUUGUUCCUAGCAGUUACAAAAUGGUAAAAUGAUCAUUUAUAUUUCAAAAUUAUUUUAAUUUCAUGUAAGUGAUACCUUUUAUUUAGGGCUGUCUUUUUUAAAUACUAAGCACCUGUAGCUCCCCUUCCCAACAGUCAGAUUGCUUAACCUGUUAAUUAUAUUAAUGCUGUUUGCUGGUGGUUCAACAUCAAUGAACUGAAACAAAUAAUACAGUUUCCAAUGAUUUUUUUUAAAAAGACUUUGGAGACCUUUUGAAUCAAAUAUGUAGGUAAUGGCAUAACAGAUGCAUUCCUUCACCUGCUUACUGCAUGUGCAGUCCAGACAUCCACAAGAAUGACUAAA